GUAAAGAGCCUCUUAUGCUGGACGCAAAAUGCUCUGCCCACCGGGCGCCGUCGCGUUUGCUGCCUGCGUUCCUCUCCAAGGAUGAUAAGGCGCAUGGAUGCACUCGUCCCAGACCUCGUUCCUGAAUGUGAUAAUACUAACAUCAUUUUCUCCAAAGACCCUUAAUCUGAUCUCCGUCCCCCCCCUCCCGUGUGUGUGGAUUGUGUUCAUCUUUAACCUGCCAUCACUGUAGCACCCCGCGUUGCGUUGGCGCUGCGGAAUAGCCUACAAGAACAAGAGCCUGCUCACAGCCGUGGAAACAAGCGAAUCAAUUUAGGGAAGAGAAAAAGGAGAGAUAGAUAGCGAGGUUAGAAAACUAACGGUCGGGAGAAGGGGCGAGAGGAGAGAAAACAUCGACCUUACGCCGCAGCCGCCGGAACAUUAAGUGAGAAGCAACUGCCUCUACAAAGACAACACUUCCAAGAGCAAAUCCUCCCCCAAAUUUGAUUUCUAUUCUAAUAAUUCUCAAGGGAACCAAAAAUACCAGGUUCCCUAAAAUGAUAUGUUGAAAAGAACAAUUGUUUGAUGGUCACAGAAGCAUGAGCAAAGUAAAAUAACCAAUUAAUGAUAGGUGUCUUUAACAUUUUUAACAAUUAACAGUUUUAUCUCUCAAUUCUUAAAGUGGCUGCUUGAAGGAGAAAAUAAAUAAAUAAGAGCAUACAAUAUGAACAUCAAUAUAUGCACUUAAAUUCACUUGUUUGGAAGUGACUUAUCAACAUCAUAGCAAUAGGGGUGGGUCAUGACUCAGUUGCCAUGCGUGUUGUCAUGGUGACCAGCCCCUGUACCCCUUCCCCCCUCCUCUGGCUGGUCCAACUUUUGUUGUGGUUACACAACCAUGGACCUCAGCUGACAGAGGCAGCACCCCCCUGCCCCACCCUGUGUACCUGCUCCAAUCAGGCGAGCCGUGUCAUCUGUACAAGGAAGAGUUUAGAUCAAGUCCCAGACAGUAUUUCAGAGAACACAAGAUACCUCAAUCUACAAGAGAACACAAUUCAGGUGAUCAAGUCUGACACAUUUAAGCACCUGCGGCAUUUGGAAAUCCUCCAGCUCUCCAAGAACCACAUCCGGCAAAUUGAGGUGGGAGCUUUUAUUGGCCUUCCCAACCUCAACACACUGGAGCUUUUUGACAACCGUCUCACAGUGGUGCCGUCACAAGCCUUUGAGUACCUCAGCAAGCUAAAGGAACUAUGGCUACGAAACAACCCCAUCGAGACACUGCCGGCAUUUGCCUUUCACCGUGUUCCCUCUUUACGCCGUCUCGAUCUAGGGGAACUCAGGAAGCUGGAUUUCAUCUCAGAGGCUGCCUUUGAAGGUCUGGUCAACUUGCGCUUCUUGAAUCUUGGCAUGUGUGGCUUGAAGGACAUCCCUAACCUCACCCCACUAGUUCGACUAGAGGAGUUGGAGCUGUCAGGAAACCAGCUCGGGAUAGUCAGGCCUGGGUCCUUCCAGGGCCUAGUGUCACUUCGCAAGCUGUGGCUAAUGCACUCCAGAGUGUCAGUCAUCGAACGCAAUGCUUUUGAUGACCUCAAAAACUUGGAGGAGCUCAACCUUUCCCACAAUUCCCUGCAUUCCCUGCCCCAUGACCUCUUCACCCCUUUGCACCAGUUGGAGAGGGUGCAUCUCAACCACAACCCCUGGGUGUGCAACUGUGAUGUCCUUUGGCUCAGCUGGUGGCUGAAAGAAACAGUUCCCAGCAACACCACAUGUUGUGCUCGCUGCCAUGCGCCCCCAGGUCUAAAGGGAAAGUACAUUGGGGAACUAGACCAGAGCCACUUUACCUGCUAUGCCCCCGUGAUUGUUGAGCCACCCACUGACCUCAAUGUCACUGAAGGCAUGGCUGCUGAGCUGAAAUGUCGUACAGGAACCUCGAUGACCUCUGUAAAUUGGUUCACUCCAAAUGGGACUCUGAUGACCCACGGAUCAUACCGAGUUAGGAUCUCAGUGCUUCAUGACGGAACACUGAACUUCACAAAUGUGACCGUGCAAGACACUGGGCAAUACACUUGCAUGGUAACCAACUCUGCUGGAAACACCACUGCAACCGCCGUGCUCAAUGUGUCUGCUUCAGACCCCAGCAACAGCUACAGCUAUUUCACCACUGUCACUGUAGAAACAGUAGAGACAGUAAGAGGAGAUGAGAAGAACUCAGCGAGACAGUAUAUUAACGAGACCUUCAUAGAUUUUCCCAAUCCUACUGUUCAAAGAGGGGUGUUAGAGGGCCGACCUGGCAUCACCAUAUCACCUUCUCUCUCUUCUCUUUCCUCACUGUCCCCACGUGCCAACAGAGCUACUGAAAAUGCAGUGACUGUGUCCAUAAUGGAUGUAACUAACAUUCCAGGCCUGGAUGAUGUAAUGAAAACAACUAAAAUCAUCAUUGGUUGCUUUGUGGCCAUUACCUUUAUGGCAGCUGUAAUGUUGGUGGUAUUCUAUAAACUACGGAAGCAGCACCAGCUACACAAGCACCACGGCCCUGCCAGAGCCAUUGAAAUUGUCAAUGUUGAAGAUGAGAUUGGAGCCGGGGCUGGGAGUGGCAUCUCAGGUGGUUCGACACUGAAUUCUGGCAGUGGUGGAGAAGGAACCCUAAGAAUACAUCAUCCAGAAAUAGUCAACCUUCCCAACAUUGGCCGCACAGACACUCUCAACCAUUACUACAAGACUCAUCAUUUCAACAACAACGUUAUGGGUCUUAGUAUUGGCACAGACGGGAUGGGACCAGGAGGGAUCCUCAAUAACAAGAACCAGCAAUGCCAGGAUAUCCCCAUCUCCUGUACCUCUGUCCCAAUCUCUACAUCUAAUUUGCUCUCUACUUCAGGCAAUGGCACCAACAUCAACCCCAGUUCUAUGUCGCCACCGCUGCCGAUGUCUCUCCCCAUGCCUACCAUGGGCUUACAUGGAUCGAUCAAGGGUUUCAUGGGCCAAAACCAGAAUCCGCAAAUGGAGCCUCUUCUCUUCAAGGGAAGCUCGAAGGAAAAUGUCCAAGAGACUCAGAUUUAAAAACAAAAGUGAGAGUAUAGAGAGAGAGUGAGCAAGAGUCGGAGACAGAGAGGGGAUUGAUGUCGGGUUUAUGCACGGAAUGAUUAGACACUAGAGUGCAUUGACAUUACACAAGGAGAGAGGAUAGACUGACACGGCAAUACACAAACACAUAGACUUAUCCGUGACAGUGUACUGAGCCAAGGAUUACCACAAUGGGCCACUUGUGUUUGUAGUAACGAUCAUGGCCAUGGAGAUCAAGGAAUGGACAUUGCUACAAUGUAAAUCUGUGCCAAAGCAAAUGUUUUUUGCAGUUUCUACAAGCUGUGUUCUCAUAGGGAAAAACUAGCCUUUCAGAGUUAUCAGUCCCCACAUCAUCGUUGGCCAUCAGAGAUGAAAGACAUGCACAGCAUUCAUCACACUGAAGAUCGGAGAUAUUACAGAACAAAAUUCAAGAGACAUUUUUCUUCCACAAAAACACAAGCCACACUCUCUCUCAAGUGACUCAAUAGACUCCAAGGUGACAAUUAUGUAGGCAUACAUAGAUGGACAAAAAGGUACAGUGCAGUACAAACUACUGUGAAAAAUCCACAAAUUAUAUAAAUAUAUUUUCAUUUAAAUAUGUAUCAUUGCAGACUCCAAUGCAGAGAUAUUUUGGGGUGGAUGUAUAAGCUGGUAUAGUUUGUUUCUUUGUGAAUAAUCAGGGGCGGCGAUAGUGGAGGUUGGUUAUGAUACAUGUUUUAAGUUUGGCUACUUCUCAGAAACAUAAGGGCUCAAUUGCAACACUCAUUGUGAAUCUUUGAAUUGGCUUUGUGACAUAAAGUCCAUUUAGGUUGUAGAACAGUAAAUGCAGAUCUCCGUUUGACAAACUUUUUUCUGUUGCUUCAGUAGUAAUCAUGAUCAACUUUUGUGUUCUGAGAGUGUAUUAUGUAUUUUGUAAAAACCAGCUACUUGGUAUUUGAAUUGACAAUUCUGAUACUUAAAUGCCAGCAUAAAAGAAUGGUAAAACAAUGAUCCACAAACACGGAAAGGUGAUCCAAUGCAAAGACCUGUAUGGGUAAAAUAAAGUGUUGACAAUGUGUUAUUUGAAUCAGAUCAGUAGCCGGAUAUUUGCUUUUAGACAGGAAUUUGAUAUGACCUCCUUGCUCAUGGUUACCAUAAUCAUGCCAUAAAAUGCUGUCAUAAGGAUGAUUAGACAUCUACCUGCAGCAGCAUUUAAGAAGGGAUUAAACAUCCAUAUUAGGAUGAUUGGAAUGAAUGGAAAUGUACAGUAUAUUAAUAAUAAUAAUGUCUGGUUGUAUGGCAAUUGUAAGAUCCACAUUUUUACAGUGUAACUUUCAUAUGUUAAAUGCCAUUUACGCUUCUUGCGUUUCAACUAUGUAUUUCUUUAUUUUUGUUAGUUUGAUAUAAUGUGUACAGUUGUCUAGCCAUGUAUCAUUACGUGUGAAAUAAAUCAAUCAUAUAUUGGGUUGUGGCUGGUCAAUAUGGCAACCACAUAAGUAAAGAGUGAGACAUGAUGCAGGCCUCUGUGCUAAACCUGGAUUGAAUGUAUGGUUUGUGGUUUAGACAUUAGUCACCCUGUUAAUGAUAGGUGCCAUGUGCUCUAUUAACAUGCUCAGACAGUCUUUUAGUCACUCUUGUGUAGAUGUUCUACAGACACUACUGGUUUGCAAAAUUAGUGUUUUUAACAGAUCCAGAUGAUCUUAUUCUUAACAACGGCAUUUUUGUUUGUAGUUAGCCCUCAGUUUGCUUCUCCCAUGCUGAUUAAUUUUGUACUUGUUUGGAAAUGGCAAGUAAGAUUAGGAAAGACUUGCGUAGAAUAACUUACCUUUUUUGAGGUAACAGACUGUAUUCAUCAAGCAGGAACCUAAAAUGUUUGUUGCAAUUGAGCACAAACUGGACAUGCGACCAGUUACAGAAAAGUGUAACAAUCAACAAGGACUGUAA